GAACAUGAACAAAGGAAGCCAUCGGACGAUAUUGUUCUGAUAGAUGAUGAGAGCGAUGGUGAGAAUGAGAACAGCCUAAUACAGGACCCAAUAAACGUAAAUGAACCUGUUGAAAGUAUAAAGCAAGCUGAGCAUAACGAACUGGCUGAUAACAAUGACUUCAUCUCAUUGAAUUUUUCUGACACUGACGAUGAAGGUGAAGCCGGUUAUGUCGAUAACGAAGAAGAUGCAUAUUCCGUUGACGAUUACGAGACGAAUAUUGAUCCCAACGCACCUAUACUAAACGUGGAUGCACCUUGGAUACAGAACCACGAUCAUUCAGAACAGAAGGAGGUUGCGGACUGGCUAACCAUGGAGAUAAACGACUUUGUUGCCUACAUUUCACCUUCGAAGCACGAAAUAGAAGCUAGAAACACGUGCAUCACUCAGUUAAGGCAGUGCAUUAACAAGUUAUGGAAGGAUUGUGAAGUGCACGUCUUUGGAUCGAGCGCUACAGAUUUGUAUCUUCCUGGCUCCGAUAUCGACAUGGUCAUUGUGAGUGAACACGGUAACUAUGGAACGCGUAACAAUUUGUAUCAACUAUCCUCGCAUCUCAAGAGAAACGGGCUCGCAACCAACGUGGAGGUUGUUGCACACGCCAGAGUACCCAUCAUCAAGCUGACUGAGCCACACACAAACAUCCAUAUCGAUAUAUCGUUUGAGCGUACCAACGGUAUACAAGCUGCUACUGUGAUAUUAGACUGGCUGAAGGACACUCCCGGGCUAAGAGAGCUGGUAUUGGUCAUUAAACAGUUUCUUGCCGUGAGAAAGCUGAACAACGUCCGCCACGGAGGACUCGGCGGUUAUUCCACCAUUUGUCUCGUGUAUUCCUUCUUGAGACUCCAUCCAAGGAUCAGCACAGGCAACAUCGACGCCCUGAGCAACCUGGGCGUGCUGCUGAUCGAGUUCUUCGAGCUCUACGGUAAGAACUUCAACUACGACGACGUCGUGAUAUGUGUUGAAACCGACCACGUCUGUUACCUUAAAAAGUCCGAGUACAGGGACAUGCAAGGCCGCUCUUCCUUCACGCUAGCGAUCAUGGACCCUUCAGACUCCUCGAAUAACAUAAGCAGGGGCUCGUUCAACGUUCUUGGGCUGAAGAAGGCAUUCAACGGUGCUUUUUGGUCACUGGCUAACCAGUGCUACGACUUGGAGAUGGCCACUUAUAAGCAGAGAAUCGGCAAGAGCGUGUUGGGAAGCAUAGUGAAGUACCGCGGCAAGGAGAGAGACUUCAACGACGAGAGGUCUCUGGUACUGAACCAGGCAAUGAGUGAA